AUGGCGGUACCCGAGUAUGGCGAUGAAGUCGCCAUCACACUCUCCAUCGCCCACCCCCCUGCCCAGCUUCUCAUAUCCAACUCGCCGCAUCUUUCUGACGACCACCGAGAGUCCACAGGAGGCAAGGAAAUGGCGGUACCCGAGUAUCGUGACGAAGUCGCGAUCACACUCUCCAUCGCUGCCCCCCGCCCAGCUUCUCAUUUCCAACUCGUUGCACCCUAG